AUGAACAGUCUGGUGGCUACACCACCUGUGCCUCCUCACUUCUACGAAUAUUCUCGCCACUCUCCCUCUCGCUCGAUGUCUACUCCGAGCCACCACACUUCCAGCAGCCGCAAACGGAAAGCAGAAGACGACAACAAUGAUUAUGAUAGUCGAAUGUCCGCAUCUCCUACGAACUCCCCAGCCGUCACCCCAAGAUCCCUACCAGCGAAUCGACAACUGAAACGUGCUCGACCCAACGUUGGUGGCAGGCCACUCUCUCUUCCCCGUCUACUUGAAACUCUCGACACAGAUGCUCUCCGCGGCGUUCUUCGGUCUAUCUGCGACCGACAUCCCAGUUUAGCUGAUGAGGUGGUUCAAAGUGCCCCUCGCCCCAGCGUUGCAUCUGCCCUUCAAGUCCUUCGAAAUUAUCAAACCACCCUUCAAUCCUCGUUUCCGUUAGGAGGCAAUACUGAAUCCGACUACGCCUACAAUCGAGUUCGGCAGCCUCUAGGGAGCCUUCUUGAAGCCUUGAGCGAUUUUACACCACAUUUCUUACCGCCCAAUGAGUCCCAAGCUUCGGUAUCUUUGAGCUAUCUGGAUGGUGCCACAGACAUCAUACACUCGUUGCCGCGAUGGAGCUCACCUCAGAACAACGUAGAGCGGGACUCUGCGUAUGAUGAAAUCUGCAAGGCCUGGAUUCUGGUGAUUCGAGAGGCCGCAAAACGUGGUGGUGGAAUUCAGUUACAGUACGGAGGCUGGGACCAAAAACUGGCGAAACACAAUCAGAACUCCGGGGGAAGACUUCAGGCAGCCGUCAACGACCUCGCAUCCAGCUUGGGAUGGAUGCACGGGCCGGAUCCUCAAGGUUUUGGAAGCCCCGGAGGCAACGAUCUUGGGUCAAUUCGUGAGCAACUUCUUUCCGGUACAUACGGGCUUGGAACUCCGGUCAAAGUAGGACCUUGGUAA